AUGGAGGCCGGCGGGGUGCGCAGGGUCUCGCUCUGCUCCCGCCGGGCCGCUCCGCUCCCGGGCGCGUCCUUCUGCCUCAGCACCUUCGGCCAGCUGAAGCUGUCCAUCGAGGCGCGGGGCCGGACGCUGGUGCUGCACGUCAUGGAAGCAAAAGCUCUGAUGGGAGCAGAGUGCCGUGUGUGUGACUCCUAUGUGAAGAUGUCCAUUGUGCCAGAUGCUGGCUGCAAGUGCAGGCAAAAGACGAAGACGGUGCCAGACAGCAAAAAUCCUGUGUUCCAUGAGCACUUUGUGUUCCCCGUGAAGGAGGAGGAUGAGCAGAAGCGUCUCCUGGUCACAGUCUGGAACAGAGAGAGGAAUUCCAGGCAGAGUGAACUCAUUGGCUGCAUGAGCUUUGGUGUGAAGUCCCUCCUGUCCCUGGACAAGGAGAUCAGUGGCUGGUAUUACCUCCUCGGGGAGGACCUGGGCAGGACCAAGCACCUGAAGGUGGCCAUGAGGAGGCUGAAGCAGAGCCCAGAAGUCAAGCCAGGAAGUCAAAGUGCAACCCAGGAGAACCAGGACGCUAUGACCUUGCAGCAGCUGAAGAUCACCAUCCCUCGGGGCACUGACGGCUUUGGCUUCACCAUCUGCUGCGACGCCCCAGUCCGUGUGCAGGCUGUGGACUCUGGUGGCCCAGCAGAGAAGGCAGGGCUGCAGCAGCUGGACACGGUGCUGCAGCUGAAUGAGCAGCCUGUGGAGCACUGGAAAUGUGUGGAGCUGGCCCACGAAAUCCGGAACUGUCCCACGGAGAUCAUCCUCCUGGUGUGGAGGCUGGUGCCUCAGGUGAAGCCGGCCCACGAGGCCAUGCCCCGCAGGUCCUCCUGCAAAUCCGCCUACGACCUGCAGUCCCCUCCCCAGAAGCGGGAGAAGAGCGGCCCCGCGCAGGCCGAGCAGCGCCGCAGCUGCCACAUCCUCUACGAUGGCUCCGAGGGGCUGGGGCUGCACACCUGGGACAGGUACACGGAGCUGGGCAAGCGGGGCCAGAACACCCUGCCCGCCCUGUCCCGGGUGCCCUCUGCUGCCGACCAGAACUACAUCAUCCUGGCCCCGCUGAACCCCGGCAGCCAGCUGCUGAGGCCCGUGUACCAGGAGGACAGCACCACUGUGGGGAAUGGCUCUAAAGGGAAAUCCCACACGGGCUCUGGGAGGAAAUCCAGGCUGAUGAAGACUGUGCAGAGCAUGAAGAGCUAUGGGAACUACCAGAACUGCACCAUAGUGAGGCCUCACAUCCCCCAUUCCUACGGCACCUACGUGACCCUGGCCCCCAAAGUGCUGGUGUUCCCCAUCUUUGUGCAGCCCCUGGAUCUUUGCAACCCAGCCCGGACUCUGCUGCUGUCGGAGGAGCUGCUCCUUCUCGAGAGCAGGAACAGGACCACACAGGUGACUCUCUUUGUCUACUCUGACCUGCUGCUCUUCACCAAGGAGGACGAGCCCGGGUGCUGCAAUGUGCUGAGGAACCCUCUGUACCUGCACAGUGUCAAGCUCCAGGAGGGUUCAGAAGAUCGCAAGUUCUGCAUCCUUUACCUGGCAGAGAAGUCAGAGUGCUUAUUAAGUUUGGAGGCUUACUCCCAGGAGCAGAAGAAGAGGAUCUGCUGGUGUCUGGCUGAGAACAUCACCAAGCAGCAACAUCCGGCAGCGGCUCCUACGGAGAGCAAGAUGCUGGAGACGGACGCCGAGAAGCCGGGGCAGAUGCCCUCGGAGGAUGGGAAGGCAGCAGUGGGUGAUGCCCCUCUGGCUGCCAAGGCAGCGGCUCUGGCCGAGCCCUGGGACGCUCUGGGGGCCACCCAGGCUCCUCUCCCGGCGGAAAAGCAGCCGGUGGCUACGGCAAAGGGAGAGGAGCAGCCCAGCUCCCUGCACGCCUUUGUCAUCCCCGAGCUGCGGCUGGACAGCACCUUCAGCCAGAGCGCCGCGGGCACGGACGGCGAGGACGAGGAGGAGGACGAGGAGGAAGAUGAGGACGAGGAGGAUGAGGAGGAGGAGGAGGAGGAGGAGGACAGCGACGAGCAGUACCUGGAGAGGAACGAGCUGAAGCGCAGCAGCAUGAUCGAGACGGGCGGGCAGGCCGGCUACACCCUGAGCGUGCAGGGCUCGCUGCGGCGCCGCACGCACAGCGAGGGCAGCCUCCUGCAGGAGACCAAGGGCCACUGCUUCACCUCCGACACCACCCUGCACUGCCCCGACAGCCAGGGCACCGCCGCACGCUGGGCUCUGCCCUCCCCCAGGACCCUCAAGAAGGAGCUGGUCAAGAACGGCGGCUCCAUCCACCAGCUGACGCUGCUCUUCUCGGGCCACAGGAAGCUGAGUGGAGCAGACCCUGAGUGCAGCUGUGACGAAGGGGAUGAGACCUCCCGCAAGAAACGCAGCAAGAGCCUAGCCAAGGACAUGAAGAACCGCCUGGGGAUUUUUCGGCGGCGGAACGAGUCCCCCGGAGCCAACCCCUCCGGCAAGCUGGACAAAGUGCUCAAAUCGCUCAAGCCCGCUCCUGAGGAAGCGCUCAAGUGGGGGGACUCCCUGGAGAAGCUGCUGCUGCACAAAUACGGGCUCGCUGCCUUCAGGGCCUUCCUGCGCACCGAGUUCAGCGAGGAGAACCUAGAGUUCUGGCUGGCCUGUGAGGAGUUCAAGAAGAUCAAAUCCCAGUCCAAGAUGGUCUCCAAGGCCAAGAAGAUCUUCGCUGAGUACAUUGCCAUCCAGUCCUGCAAGGAGGUCAACCUGGACUCCUACACACGGGAGCACACCAAGGAGAACCUGCAGAACAUCACCCGCAGCUGCUUUGACCUGGCACAGAAGAGGAUUUACGGGCUCAUGGAGAAGGACUCAUACCCCCGCUUCCUCCGCUCCGACCUCUACUUGGACAUAAUCAACCAGAAAAAGGGCAGCUCCCCGCUGUAGGCCCAAGGACUGUCUCGGGGCAGGCUGGGAGCUGUGUGUUUACAUGGAAUUGGGCAGUGGAGGCCUUCCCAGGAGCUGGUGGGAGUCGCUGUGCUGCUCGUGCCCCAGGCCGUACGGACAGGGGGCAGCUGAAGGCAGCGAGCCGGGGCCGAGGGCACCAUGGCCGGGCAGGCUGGCACUGCUGCAGCCCCACCAUGGCUGGUACGACGCCUUCGGGGUGGCCCUGGCCUGGAUUUAGCCUGGAGGGAAGCUCCCACAAGAUACUGUGAAGCACCUGCCCCAGCCAGGAGUGUUGCUGGAAGGUGGAGAGUGAGCCCAGCUCGGCGAGGAGGAGGAGGGGAUCUCGUGCAGGGCUCUGGCGAGGGGACAGCAGCACCAACACAGAUGUGGUCCUGGAUUAAAGCCUUGUGAACUGGAGCAGCCCCAGGAUGCUGCUGUGCUUCCCUGUGCCCUGGGGCCUCCUGGCUGCCCCGAGCAGCUCUGGCAAGAGCCCGGCGCUUCCUUGGCUCGUGGUUGGGUCCCCCUGGGAGCAGAGAGAGCUGGGACCUUGCCCUGUGCUGGAGGGUGCAAAGCACCCCCUCCUGCCCUCACCCCUGGUUUAUUUAUUGCCCUCCUGUAGCUGGACACGUGUCUGUGUGCUAGGGAAGCCCCGUGUCCUCCCUGUUCCCAAGUUACAAGUGCAAUAUUUGUGUGUGUCGCGGCCGAGUUCUCCGGCGGAGUGGAUGCCUUUUUCUUUUUGCAGGUGUGUAGAUUUUGUAAGGUAGCAGGUUUUGUGUGCCAGACCCAUUCCCUGGCAGCGGGCCGCUGGGGGAGCCUGGUGUAAAUAUCAAUUACUGAUGCCCUGACGACGGAGGGUUUGGUGAUGGAGAAAAGCAGAAAAGCAACUCUGUGCAGCAGCCGCUCUCCUGACUCUGGAUAACAAUGCUGUGGUUGGGAAGCAGGGGUUCCUGCUGGCCCUGGCAGGGCAGGGUGCACUGCCUGCCUCCCAGUUUACAGUGCAAAGCAUCUCUGCAGCUAGAAACAAACCUACAUUGUCAUGGUCAUAGGUAAAUAAAAGGAGAAUAUCAUUUCUUGUA